CAAAGCCUUACCAGCCCUGAGAGGAGGACGCAGAGGAUCUGUGGUGUGCACUCAUUGGUGCUCCGACGACACUGCUUUGUGACUGAGGCUCAAGGGCAGAAAUGAACUGCAGGUGAUAAUACUGGAUAAACAGUUUUCCAGAGUAGAUCCAGCCAUUGUAGCAGCUUUCAUUAAAACCUAGAGAUUUCAAGGGAGAUGCAGCAGGAGUGACAGAACCCUGAUUAUCUCCGUAAAUUGUGAGUGUAGGGCCAGUGUAUGCCACCUUCUCCUGUGUUUCUCCUGAUGGACACUGGACCUGCCUCCCCUGCUCCUGCCUCCCUGGUAGCGGGCCCGUCCACACUGUGGCGGCUGGCUGAGAGGAGGAGCAGAAAAGCUGGCUCGGGUAAUAUUUUCAGCAGUGUGAAUCUGUGGCAGCUCCAGAGACUGUUCAGAGCAGCGGGGGACCAGGAUGCUGAGCAGAGGGCCCAGUUGGUUUGGGGCCAUGGGGACGAGUCAGAACUGGCUCAGGCUUUGAUAGGACUGAGAGCCCGGAGCCACAGGAGGGGGCUGAGGACUAACGGGAGAGAAGUACUGGGCUCACACUGGCUACGAGCCUUCAAUCACCUCAAGAUUGGAGAAAGCUCGCCAAGCAGCCAGGGGAAGGAUACCGCAGAGGAGAGCGAUUCUGAGGCAGACAGCAGUCCAGAGCCUCACCGAUACACCUCUGUAGGGACAACAGGAAGAGGCACAGGGGCCAGAGGGGGACUGACUGAGACUCAGGGCCCAGCAGGGACGUCUGAGAGACCGGUUAGAAAUGGCUCAGGAAUGAGGAAAGGAGGGGACAGCAACCCAGAGCGAUACCUUCAUAGAAUACUCCACUGACCUCCUACAUCUCGAUUGAGAUGCAGAACAGAUUAAGUCUGAGAGUCUGCACAACCUCAAUGAUUCUCCUGAAAAAAUGUGUUCAGAAACUAGAGAUACGCUGAAUUAACUUCACAGUUCAACCAACAUCUUCAGAAUUACAAAUGAUACUGGAUUUCUAGUUGAAAGAACACAACGUACUAGCCUCUUCUGACUCCAUGAAGGCUCGCCUCUUCACGGCAUUAAUCAGAUGAAGUAUGCUGGGAGACAGAUCUCCGUCUGUAUAAUAUCAAAGGCUGCACAAACCUCUGACUGGCUCCUGGUAGAUCACAGCAUUACACUGUCUUGCGUAAGCGUUAACCUUCUUGGACUUUUCCACUUUUCACGUUGCUUCAACCUGGAAAUGAGAUAGACUUAUUUUGUAUUUGAAUCGUUUGAUUAACUAACGAGCAGUCUGAGGAGCAGGUGUCUGCUGGCUGCACUGAUUAACCAUCAAUUGGUUGCACCUGGCAAGAAGUUCCCCAGCAAAACUCUCAUGGCUUUACAUUUCUUAUUAUAAAACAUGUUCAUACCAUGUUAAAUCCCCACUCUCACUUUAAAUUAGAGAUGUUUUGUGUUGGUCUGUUACAAUCAAAUUAAAACCCACUCCAAUCUUCAGCUGUAACUUGAUGACAUACAGAAGCCUUAAAGGGGAAUACUUAUGCAAGGCACUGCUUUUCAUGGUUGCCUCUCAACAACUGCCUUAUGUCUUUUUUCUUAAUUCACUCAACCACUCACACUUGACUUACAAACUGUUAAUAAUAAACAUUGUUGUGGCUUUCAGCUGUUACAUCCACUUUAAGUACCACAGAAAGCCGUACAUGAUGUAUGUGAGACGAUACACUUCAUUUGUGUGUGUGUUAGCCUUAUUUAUAUUCACAAUAAACUAAGUGUUAAACUUCUCCACCCACUGCAUGUUCCUCAAACACAUUAAAGUAGAAGUGCAAUAGGUCCAGUGUUAGGCGUUAUGAGACGUACUGUUAUUGAUUCCAAACAUACACACAGCCACAGCACGUUACGAGGUGUUGGCUCGAUGAUUCAGAUGAUUCAACACUUCUGCCAGGAGCCAAAGCGAGUCACUGGUUUGUUGUUAUUCAAACCAAAGAAUCCCACGAUCAGCCCUGCCUAGAAACCAAAUAUAAUACGUUAUUGCUGCGAGGUCGAACUCAGACAUGCACCUCAGAUUGCAGGGAUAGAAAAUCGAAAUGUUUUCAUUAAAAUAUUUGAGGUGACAGUGAGAAAACCCACUGUGCCUAUGAAAGACUGUCACUAAUGCUGUCAUAUUGCUGGAAACUUUAUGAACUUUUUCACAGUACUGUUUGAUGUAUACUUCUUAGAUGUCUUGAUAAUAAAGAAGUGAGUCUUUGUA